CUUGAAAACACUUGUUCCUACGUCCUUUUAUCAAAUAAUUCAACAUUUGAUACUUGAUAACGAUAGGAAAACCAUAUAAAUAGAGAUCUAAAACCAAAUGUCUCCCUCAGCCAUGUUGUUUAAAGGACUUAUUAUUAUAUUAGCUACCGUCUCCUUCUCUCGGCAAGAGGAGGUGAGGUACGGCGAUCUCGUGACGAACUUCGUAGUGCCAGAAGAUGCGAAGCUACUAGUGCCUGAACUGAUCAGAAAAUAUGGUUAUCCGUGUGAAGUGCACACGGUGGUGUCCAAAGACGGGUACGUCUUGGAAAUGCAUCGCAUACCCUUCGGAAAAAGUGGCCCCUCCGAAAAUCGACCGGCAGUUUAUCUACAGCAUGGAAUCCUGGCGUCUUCAGCGGAUUGGGUUCUUAAGCAAGACACUGGCCUAGGAUAUGUACUGGCUGACGCAGGAUAUGAUGUCUGGAUGCCAAAUGUACGUGGCACCAGGUACUCCCGCAAACAUAUAACUUUGGAUCCAGAUAAUGACGCCAGCAAAUUUUGGGAUUUCUCCUGGCACGAAAUCGCAGUUGACGAUGUGCCUACAAUGGUCGAUUAUGUCAUAGAUACGGUGAAGCAAGAACAAAUUUUUUACAUAGGCCACUCUCAGGGAACAACUAUUUUCUAUGUAAUGUGUUCGGAGUUACCAGAAUACAACGGGAAAAUUCGAGCCAUGUUCAGUUUUUCACCUGUGGCAUGGAUGGGUCAUAUGACGAGUCCCUUACUGCGAAUUGUUGCAAUGGCGAACUGGUUUGUGGGGCCGUUCCUGAACCUCAUCGGCGUGCACGAGCUCCUUCCUCAGCACUCAUUUUUUGCAGAAAUAGGGGACAAGUUGUGCGGAGACAACUCAUUUCUUCAACCCCUUUGCACUAACGCCCUAUUUGCGAUAUGCGGAUUUAACCCUAAACAAAUGAACGCCUCGCUAAUACCUACAAUCAUGGGACAUACACCAGCGGGUGCUGCCACGAAACAAUUGCUACAUUUCGCUCAAGAAGUUAACUCAGGACAUUUUAGGAAGUACGACUACGGCUUCUUCCGCAACAUCGCUAAAUACGGAUCCAUUUCUCCUCCCAAAUACAAACUGAAGAAAGUCACAGCUCCGGUCUACCUGCAUUACAGCAGAAACGAUUGGAUUUCGAAUGAGAAGGACGUAAUUAAGCUAUCUCGGGAACUUGGAAAUGUGAAAGGCAAAUUUUUAAUACUGGACGAUCGAUUCAAUCAUGUCGAUUUUGUAUAUGGGAUCGACGCCUAUCAAUUACUUUAUCUCAGAGUACUUGGCCUAAUGAAACGGCACUAGUAUAGUUGUAACGAAUUUUUCUCAGGGAAACUUCUGGUACCAAGUUCUAAGGCACGAGGGUAACGUGUGCGAAGUUUGGAGAGGAUAAGCGAAAAAAAUGGUACCUAUAUAGAAUAGUUUCUUUACCUUUACCGUUAAAGAAGCAUAUUAGAAAUACAUUACAAUAUGUGUUCCUUAUUGUUCAAUUUAUGUGUUUUAGAAUCAAUAUAUCAAUAAGUAUCUACUUAAGUACGAUUAUAAAUUAUAUUCUUAUAUUCUCCUU